AUGAAAUCUUCUCUUGCGCGCAAGCUCCUGUUCUUGAUUUUAACUAUAGCUUGUAAGAUCCAGACACAAGUGGAGUCCUUGGAGUUCGAUUUCCCUGAGUUUAAAGAAAGCAAUGAUUCGGACUUGAUCCGAGACAACUCAUACAUUGUCCUUGGAGCGAUUCAAGUGACUCCUGAUGUUCGAGGAGGCUCUCUCACGAACCACGCAGGUCGUGCGCUCUACAAGAAGCCUUUCAAGCUAUGGAACAAAGACAAGAAAGCUACUUUCAACACUACUUUCGUUAUCAACAUCUCGAACCAAACCGAUCCUGGAGGCGAAGGCUUAGCAUUUGUUCUCACACCAGAGAAGACCGCUCCUCAGAACAGCUCGGGUAUGUGGCUCGGUCUGGUCAACGAAAGGACAAACAAGACUCUCGAGUCGAGGAUUGUUGCGGUUGAGUUCGACACAAGAAAGAGCUAUCCUGGUGAUCUUGAUGGAAACCAUAGAAAUUUAGUGUUUUCUAGGGAGAUAGAUCUUUCGGCCUAUCUUCCGGAGACAGUUUACGUUGGAUUCACGGCCUCGACAAGCGAUUUCACGGAGCUGAAUUGCGUCAAAUCAUGGAGCUUUGAAGGUUUAGAGAUCGAUGGAGAUGGAAAAAUGUUAUGGCUCUGGAUCUUUAUCCCUAUUGUGUGUGUUGUUGUAGUAGGAGGUUUCUUUGGGGCAUUGUACUUGAGAUCUAAGUCAAAGGCCGGUGAAACAAACCCCGAUAUAGAAGCCGAGCUAGAUAAUUGCGCUGUAAAUCCGCAGAAGUUCAAGCUGAGAGAGCUGAAGAGAGCAACGGGAAACUUCAACCAGGAUAACAAACUCGGACAAGGCGGGUUUGGGAUGGUGUUUAAGGGGAAAUGGGAGGGUAGAGACAUAGCUGUGAAACGAGUCUCCGAGAAUCGCAUCAAGGGAAGCAAGAGUUCAUAUCCGAGAUCACGACGAUUGUAUAUGCCUAACGGAAGUCUAGACAGGUCCAUUUUCUUGGGGGCUAAGUCCAGAUCAAACCUAACGUGGGAGAUAAGGAAGAACAUUAUAAGAGGGCUAUCUCAAGCUUUGGAGUAUCUUCACAACGGAUGCGAGAAGAGGAUACUUCACAGAGAUAUCAAAGCGAGCAACGUAAUGUUGGACUCAGAUUUCAAUGCUAAGCUUGGCGAUUUCGGGCUUGCGAGGAUGAUUCAACAAAGCGAAAUGACGCACCAACAAAGGAGAUCGCUCGAACACCGGGAUAUAUGGCUCCAGAGACUUUCCUCAAUGAGAGAGCCACGGUUGAGACGGAUGUGUAUUCGUUCGGAGUUCUAA